GUAGAAGUAUCUGUACAUCCAAAAGAAUGCUGGAGGGGAAUGAUCCAUGUCCCACUACAUACUCACAUCAUGGUCUUUAUAUGACUUGGGUUCGAAAUACUUUCACUAGUGAAGUUCGUCGUUGAUAUUGAUACGGUGUUCAAUAAUUCGUUAUGUUUUUCCAGGUAAUAUUUUUGACGAUUGUUGGCGCGAUAUGGGCUCAACAAUACGAGGAGGAAAGAACAACUUAUGAGCCUGAACCUCAUCCGUAUAGUUUCUCUUUCGUUGCUGGAAGAUAUCCCGGCCAUGUAGAUAGAACCAGAGCAGAAUACGGUGAUGGUAGUGGUAUUGUAAAAGGUUUAUACACGUAUGUGGAUCCGAGGCAAGAAAUCAGAACCGUGGAAUAUACCGCCGAUAAAGAAGGUUUCCACGCUACUUUGAAUAUACCUGCUGCCGAAGAUACGCCUGCCGUAGCAGCUGCCAAAUCUCGUCAUUUGAAAUUAUUUAACAAAAUCGCUAAAAACAAUCAAAUAUACGAGCCACAAGAAACACCAUCUGUUGCGGAAGCGAAACGUAAGCAUGCCAUAUUAUAUGAAAAAAUUGCUCAACAACACGCCCAACUUGCAGCUGAAUUAGAAGCUGCAAGAGCUGAAGCGGAACGUCAGGAACUUUAUAAGAAGCAAAAUGAAACUCCAAACGGCGAAUAUCCAGCCUAGUUUUUCGUUAUUGAGUAUAUGGGUAUCGUUUCUAUUCUACUAUGUGCGUGUAAUUUAAUUAUAAAUUUUCAUCGAGCA